AUGGCUUCCAUAUCAUCCAAAUGGAAGCACUUCACAUUUCCCUUCAUCCUUCUCUUCAUCGCCCUACUAUUUCUCGCGACAAACUACGUAUUCUUCACCGUAAACUACACGCGACAACUCAACGAAGAGUUCCAAAACGUGUCCGCGUACCUCAGAACCCUGAGAAACCCCGAGUGGUUCGACGCCCUAUCUCGCGAUUUGAUCCGAGAGGAAGACGAGAUCGAAAUCAGUUUAAUGAACGCGGGCCGAUUUCCAUCGCAUGCAAGAAGAACGGGCGCGGACGUUAAAACGGCCAGAGACAAUCCGGAGUGGUUCGACUUCGUCGCGCGGAAGUUUCGCGACGAGAGGAUGAAUAUCGGGUUGGUGAAUGUGGACCCCACGUUGGACGAGGUCCGGACGAGGGCGGAGAUGGUGGAGGUGCGCUUCGAGCGCGUGGGGGAGGAAGUUAAGUGGUCCGAUUUAGCCCCAGAGAGGAUAGACGCGAACUCGACUUGCCCGGUCAUUCCUAUGCCGAUUUUCGAAGACUAUCGGGACUUGGAUGUGGUGGUUGCUAGGGUUUCGAGCUGCGGCGGCGGCGGCGGCGGCGGCGGUGGUUUGAGGGAUGUUUUGAGGUUGCAAGUGAAUUUGGUGGUGGCUAAUUUGGUGGUUAGGAGUGGGAGGAGAGAGAAUGGGGAUUUGUUUGUUGUGUUUGUUGGGAAUUGUAAACCUAUGUGGGAGAUUUUUACAUGUGAUGAUCUUUUGUGGAAGGAUGCCGAGUCUUGGAUUUUCAAACCUGAGUUGACUCGGUUGCAAGAUUUGGUGCUUUUGCCUGUCGGACCUUGCCAAUUUGUUCCACCUGUCUCCCUUUAUGAUUAUGAAAUUACAGGUACAGAACAAUGGAGACGGCAAAACCACAUAAUCACCACCACCACCGCCGAAACCAACCACCACAACCACCACCACCGUCAUCCUCCGCCGCCGAGAGAGGCUUACGUAACAGUACUCCACACGUCGGAAGCUUACGUGUGCGGCGCAAUAGUCCUGGCCCAGAGCCUAAUCCUAUCAAACACGACGAAAGACCUCGUCCUCCUCGCCGACGACAACAUGUCGACGGCGUCAAUCUCCGGCCUCCGAUCAGCCGGCUGGAAAAUCAAGCGCAUCGAGAGAAUCCGAAGCCCUUUCUCCCGGGAGAAUUCGUACAACGAGUGGAACUACAGCAAGCUCCGGAUAUGGCAGCUGACGGAGUACGACAAGCUGAUAUUCAUCGACGCCGAUCUGAUCGUCAACAGAAACAUGGACGUGUUCUUCGCCUACCCGCAGAUGACGGCGGCCGGGAACUACCAGCGCCACCUCUUCAACUCGGGGCUGAUGGUGGUGGAGCCGUCGCGGUGCGCGUACGACGCGCUGGUGGAGGAGAUGGCGGUGGUGGAGUCGUACAACGGCGGCGACCAGGGUUUCCUGAACGAGAUGUACUCGUGGUGGCACCGCCUGCCGCCGCAGAUGAACUACCUGAAGGUCUUCGUCGACGUGAACGAUCAUCUGCGUUGGGUGGAGAAGAGUGUGUACGCCGUACAUUACACCGGGUUGAAGCCGUGGAGGUGUCCCGACGAGGCGCGUGACUGUAACUGGGAUUGGCCGGAGUUUCGGAGGUACGCGAGUAACACGGCGCAUAAGAUGUGGUGGCGCGUGCAUGGCACCUUGCCGGAGAAUCUGAAAGAUUUCUGCAUAGUACGGGAUAUAUAUAACGGAGAGGACAAUGGUGGUGCUUCUUCUCCGGCGGGUCAACCCGUUAUGAAUUACACGGGUUGAUUUGUCCCAUGUGAAAACUCACACUUUGUUAUUUGCAUAUUAUAUAUUUUAGAUGCAUUAAUUAUACCUUUUCUUUUUAA